GCGAAGAGCUGUAGGGUGCAAGAGGUCUGCAAAUAAGUCUGUGGCUGUGGUGUUCGCCUCUUAACAGCUACUAAGUCUGACGCAAGCUAGCGGAGGCAGAGGGACUGGCACGGAGUAGAGCAAGCCUCUCAGCAGACAAUUGGAACAGGAAGCAAGGAAGGAAAGGGUCUUUCACCCGGAGGAAGACUGGCAAACUCAUUGGGAUUGUGACAAGACAGCCACACAUUAGCUCCAGGGACCACCCAUUACGAUAAAGACACAAAAAGAAGCCAACUAAGGAUCACAGUAUGAACAACACCCUGUCCAACACCACCUCCUUCAAGUGUGUUCGGGAUACCAGCAUAACAGCUGUGGUUUUCCCCUGCCUAUACAGUGUCCUCUUCAUAGUUGCUCUGAUACUGAACUCCCUCGCUGCAUGGAUCUUCUUCAGUAUCCGAAGCACUUCAACAUUUCUGGUCUUCCUAAAAAAUGUGGUGGUGGCUGACUUGCUCAUGACUCUGACCAUCCCUCUGAAAAUCUUAACGGAUGCAGGUGUGGGUUCCUGGCAGCUACGCGCCUUCCACUGCAGAUACUCUGCGGUGCUCUUCUACAUCACCAUGUACAUCAGCAUCCUCUUGCUGGGUCUCAUUAGCUUGGACCGUUACCUGAAGAUUGUCAGGCCCUUUGGGAAGUGUGCCCUUCAGCGGGUCCGUGUUGGUCAGAUACUAAGUGUAGCUGUUUGGGUGGUAAUGCUAUCAUUAGCGUUACCCAACGUUAUUCUAAGUGACAAGCCGCCACGGCCGUCUGGAAACAGACUGAAGUGCAUGUCCAUGAAGAGCCCGGCUGGUUUGCUGUGGCAUGAAGGUUUCAACUACUUCUGUCAGGUUAUUUUUUGGGGGACGCUUGCUUUGAUGGUAGUCUGCUACACAUUCAUCAGCAAGAAGGUUUAUGAGUCAUACAAAGCCUCAAAGAGUAGAUCUCGGGGUGCCAGUCGCAAAACCAAAGCGAAAGUCUUCGUUGUAGUGGGUGUGUUUUUCAUCUGCUUUGCACCAUUUCACUUCGUCCGGGUUCCCUAUACCCUCACCCAAACACGGAGCGUAACAAGUGACUGCAAGGCUCAGAAUGCCGUCUACUUUGCCAAGGAAACCACCCUGUGGCUUUCAGCAACAAAUGUAUGCCUAGACCCGCUUAUCUACGUGUUUCUAUGCAAGGUGUUCAGGAGAAGACUGACUGCUGCACUC